UCCGGGGCUUGGCCUCACAGCUUCUCCUGUCUGUCUCUUUGUCUUCAGCCCCGGACGGCAAAGUGUGCUGCUGCUUCCCACUGGCCUGGGAGGGUCUGGAUUCAUCAAUAGGAAGGCUGAGGAAACAUACACUUAGUUCAAACUUCAUCCUGAGCCUUUGGUUUCUGCUGUCUCUUUUCCCGUCCAUUCUCAGAUAUACAAGAAGAGACACCCCCACCCCCGCAAGAUGAUUUGUUGGCUACUGGCAGGUUUUUACCUGUUCUUCUGCUGCAGGGCAGAAGAGGGACUGGACUUCCCCGCAUACGAUGGGAAGGAGCGGGUGUUUGACCUGAAUGAGAAGAACUACAAGCAGGCCCUGAAGAAAUAUGACAUGCUCUGCUUGCUCUUCCAUGAGCCUGUGGGUUCUGAUAAAGUCUCCCAGAAGCAGUUCCAGAUGACAGAGAUGGUACUGGAGCUUGCUGCCCAAGUCCUGGAACCUAAAGGUAUCGGCUUUGGGUUUGUGGAUUCCAAGAAAGAUGCAAAACUUGCCAAAAAGCUGGGCUUGGAUGAAGAAGGAAGCCUCUAUAUCUUUAAGGAGGAGCGUAUGAUUGAAUUUGACGGGGAAUUGGCUGCAGAUGUCCUGGUGGAAUUCCUCCUGGAUUUGCUAGAAGACCCAGUGGAACUCAUCAACAGCAAGCUGGAGCUACAGGCCUUCGACCGCAUCGAGGACGAGAUCAAACUCAUCGGCUACUUCAAAGGAGAAGACUCUGAACAUUACAAGGCAUUUGAAGAGGCAGCUGAACACUUCCAGCCAUACAUCAAAUUCUUUGCCACCUUUGACAAAGGGGUGGCAAAGAAACUAGCUCUGAAGCUGAAUGAAGUGGAUUUCUACGAGCCAUUCAUGGACGAGCCAGUUCACAUCCCCGACAAGCCUUACACGGAAGGGGAGCUGGUUGAGUUUGUGAAGGAGCACAGAAGGGCCACCCUGAGGAAGCUGCGUCCAGAAGAUAUGUUUGAGACCUGGGAGGAUGACCUGGAUGGAAUCCACAUUGUGGCCUUUGCUGAGGAGGAUGACCCAGAUGGCUUCGAGUUCCUGGAGAUUCUGAAGCAAGUUGCCAAGGAGAACACCAACAAUCCUGACCUAAGCAUUGUGUGGAUCGACCCUGAUGACUUUCCUCUGCUCAUCACCUAUUGGGAGAAAACCUUCAAGAUUGACCUAUUCAAGCCACAGAUCGGGGUGGUAAAUGUCACAGAUGCAGACAGCGUCUGGAUGGAAAUCAUGGAUGAUGAUGACCUGCCCACAGCUGAGGAGCUAGAAGACUGGAUAGAGGACGUGCUCUCUGGGAAGAUAAACACGGAAGAUGACGACGAUGAUGACGACGAUGACGAAGAUGAUGAUGAUGAUGAUGAUGACGAUGACGAUGAUGACGACGAUGACGACGAUGAUUAGAUUUGACUCUGUGUGGUUUGCCCCUUCCGGGCAGUGAGGCAUUUUCCCUCGGGGCAGGUUGCCGUGCCUCAGAAAUGGCCGUCCUGCCUACUAGGAUUUCUGAAGACUGUGUCCAACUGUCACAGAACAUCCGUCUCCUCCUGCUUUCUCAUUGCUCCUGCUCCUGACGCCAAAAAACAAAACAAAACUCAUUGGCCUGGUUUUCGGAGGUUCUGAAUGCCCACAGCUCUCAGUGAAAUCAGCGACUGCUGCAGAUACUCAGCACUGCUGAAAAUCAGGCCUCCUCAAUAUGGAUUAACGGAAAUCUGCGGGGAAUUUCCCCUGAAGUUUUUGUGAGUUACUCCUGGGUAGUGGAUAGAGGGUAGAAGGCCUUUCUCCAUGCUGUCAAAGGGUCUGGGGAGCUUAUUUAUAUGUCUGUUCUAAUUGGCCUUUUAUAUUUUAUGACCAUCUAAAAGACACAAGGAAGGCCACUAAGAAAUACUGACAGCUGCUCAGCUCAACCCCACAGCAAAGACUACAACAAUAUCCCACAAACUUCUCUGAGAGUCUGGUAUUACUUCACAUCAUAAACGCCAUGUGUUGGUUUUUUUUAAGGCUGGUAAUUAAAACCUCAAUUAUCCAUAUAAUGAAAUAUUAUUUCCUUCCUACGGAGCUGAGCAAAACAAUUGCAUCCAACCACAUGAAACCUGCCUGGAUCGGUGUGUCACUGCAGGCUCCAAACUCAGGCAAGGUUGAUAAGAGGGUAGAAAUAUAAGGUGGGUCAGAACCAGAAUGUCAGGCCUGAAAGCUCCUGAGGAGUUCAGAUCCAGAUCUGAGUCCAAACGCUGAGAGUUAGACCGAGUGGACUGACAUGAAACACUGAUUCCUCACCCCAGAGUUUUGAGAUUAUCCAGAUCUGAAUUCUGCCACUCUGAUGCAUGGGAGGAACUGGAGAACUAUAUAUGAACUACCUAAUUUUGGGGAAGUUUACACCCACAUCUGGAUCUGAACUCUCUGGGUUCUUUUAAGGGAUACUUCUUUUAAGGGAUACUUGGCUGAUAUCUGAUUUACACACCUGGAAAUUAUGCAUGGGGAUGCCUAACCCCACAACUGGAAAUCAAAAGAAACGUUCAUAGUAAGCCACCCUAAAGCCCUCCCAUCCCACCUGACUAUGCAAACCUCUGAGUCUUAUUCCUGCACGGCAUCUUUUUCCAGUGAACAAACUGUCAGGUGGGGAUAGAUUUGCUCAGCUUCACCGGACAAGCUCACUGACUGGAUCAUUUUGGUGAGACAGCUAUGAGUGAAAGGAUCAAAUUAUCUGGUUUUUAUGUGGUCAUGACUGCGUUUGGAAGUUAUACUCCACACGAGUAUUUACAUCUACCAGGGUGCUAAAGGAUGUGGCCUGUUUUGGCUGCAAACCCUAAAGAACAGCAGAGAUCACUUUUCAGUCAAAGGGUCACUCAAAAUAGGGGUCAAAAACAUGAUUUUGGAGAAGGCAGGGACGUCCAGGAGAAAUCCACCUGUAAGCCAACUUGACAUCUUUAGGUCUCAUAGGUUUCCCUCACUUGCAGAUUUCAAUGGUUCUGCUUUAUUAGGUUUUAUGAUAGUGCAACAGAGGACAAUUGGAGGACUUGCUUCUUGCUAACCCUUAGGACUUAAUCCUCAAGUUGUCUUGCUUUGUUAGUUUAGUUAGGGCCUGUUUCUUCUGUCUUACUAGAGAUACAGCGCCAUCUGACCUUGAUUACACUGGUUGCGUUGAGAUGAGAAUCAGGACUCAUUGGAUCACUCUAUUAAUGUGAAUUAGCCCAACAACAAGAGCUAAGGUUUACACUCCAGAAACUGCCUCGGUCUAAGGGAACUACAAAACAAAAUGUUCGAGAGAGAUCUAUAUUUACAUAUAGCUACAUGCCUGCCCUUUCCAACUUCUGUCUCCAAGGUUUAACAAUAACGUAUGUGCAUUAUGGGGACGUAUAGGGAGGGAUUUUCUGUGCAGUUACAUUUAGAACACUAAGCCCUCACUGCCCUUUCCAUUCUAGAAGCCUUGGUGAGAUCGUUGGAGGACUUAGAGGAUGUCACUAUGCUGUCCUGCAAGUUGGGUUUCUCCUGCUUUCUUACUGCUUCCUGCAGAGGGGUGCUAAGUUUGAACCCUUCUCCUAUUGAUUGAGGUGAGGGGGAAUCACAGAUCUCUCUACAACUCCAGUGAUGACUUUAUGGUUCAGGCUCUCCAAAGCUCUGCCCGGGAUCCUUCAGCACUGCGGGAGAUGCAAGGACCAGAGAUGUUUUGUGUAAAUAAUAAGGAUUUUUCUUUGAGGUUAUAUUUAUGCAUUAUAAAAUGCAGAAAAACAGUAAAACCAACAUUUUCUAGUUUCUCUUCUCAGUUCACCACUAAGGAAGAGAUUUCACUUGCAUUACGCAUGCAGGAAGACUACCUGUUUUUUCCUCAACUUGGGGCUACUCACAUGAGUAAGGCAAGCAGGAUUUUACCCUUCCUGGAUAAUCAGGAGGGUUUGCAAUUUACAAGGGAAAAAAUACCCCAUUUUUGUCCUUCCCAUUCACAGCACUAGCCUCAUCCCCAUGGAUUAUCCCUGUUAUAAUACAUAUUUUAGUUAUUUAUAUGAUUUCCUGAACUGCUUGUCUCUCUCUGAAAUGACCACCCAAUCUCAGGAGUGCUUCUUAGUUUGGCCUGAACAGGCUCAUGGAAGGAUAAUUCCAACAUUAAUAGACACUGAAAGAGACACAGAUUUAUAAUCUGAAAGUAUAAUUAAUUUAUGUGAAUUUGAAGAAUAAACAAAUUACUUAUUUUAUCCCCUUUCUAGUCAUCAUCACUAAUGGGACAUCCCAAAUGCUCACUAGCUUUCUGCAUGCUUCUUUUCAAUGCCUUUUCUGCUCUAGGGAUUUGGCUAUAUUUGCAUCAGUAGUUACACUAGUGCAAACCUCUCCCAUAGAUGCACUGUGUAAAAUGGGGGGAGUUGCAUUUGUGCAAGCCACACCUACCUUGUGUCUUGCUCCGCUGUAGCUAUAUCAGUAAAGCUACUCUGAUGCAAAAAGACCAUUUAAAGCAUUAGGUAAUCGUACGUUUGGGUAAGGGGGCAUUUAGAACAUGGGUGGGCUCCAUGCAGAAAUCAGUGGGGGAGGGGGCGGGUAUUGUAGUCUCUGCUGUAGGGUUUCAGUGCUUCAUAAAUUGAAAUAUUAAGCUUUUCUUUGCAUUAUAAAAUAAAAGGUUAAAUAUUAAACUGUCAUCCCUGGGGCCUGUGAAGUUGCUUUUAGUACUUACUGUCUUUCCUCCAUCCCUCAUUCUUGAACCAUGGCUUUCUCUGGUUCUCAUCAUCCAUUGAUCAGCUGGGAUCUUUUUAACUUUUCCUUUUAAUUAAAAAGCUACAUAUGA